CUUGUCAUCCUUGUCACAAAUAAUGUCGAGACCGUUUCCUACCGAAUCAACCAUUCGUGGAGACUCAGGGAGAACAUACACCAUCCAAGAGAUCCUUACUCAGCGACAAGAUCAUACAUUAAACGUCUAUCGAGCGAGUGCCGAAGACAAAAGUUUCAUCAUUAAAGAUAUGAUCCCGGGUGAAUUCGAAUAUCAACUGGAAUUACAGAAGCCGUUAUUCUGCCACCCUAACUUGCGGACGGUUGUUGAUACCAUCCUGAGUGGCGAUCUCCUUCGGAUGAGCAAGAGAAUUGCUUCCAAGGCCACCAAAACGAGCGUUCUACGAAGUGAUCUUGCUGGGCUGGCUGAACUUCAAGAUAAGAACAUCAUUCAUACGGAUAUCAAACCAAACGACAUUCUUCUCAAUUACUCCGAGACGGAAGGAAGCGACCCCAUUAUCCAAAGUGUUCAAAUCUCCGAUCUAGAGGACGCUGUAGCUCUCCCUCCAGGGAAGAAUCUCAAAGGCUGCCUUUGUGGCAACCAGCUCUGGCGAAGCCCAGAGUCUUGGGCAAGAGCCAAGCAGAACAUAUCGUCUGACGUGUUUUCCUUUGGAAUAGUAGCUAUAUACGUAAUCCUCGAUGACAUCAUCUUCCUCGUCAGCGAUGAAGAGCUGAAGGGAAAUGAUGCAUGGUGGCAUAUUCUCCGUAGGCACAUAUCAUUCUUGGGAGACGAGGAUGGGUUUGUAGGCCUGCUUGAUUAUAUUGGACAGGAGAACCCCUUCUUCGAGAGGCUGAUUGCUCUCGCGGGUGACUUCAAUGUGGAGAAACCGAGGAAACCAUUUGCGUUUUGGCGUUAUGUGGACGAGGGGUUUAGGGAUCUGAUUGCGGUUAUGACGAAUUUGAAUCCAGCGAAAAGAAUCACCGCGCGGCAGGCAAUGGAGCAUCUUUGCUUAAAAUGUGAGUAG